GCAUUGGAUAAGUCAUUUUUUUUUAUCACUCGUAGUAUUGUUCUAAUAUUUCUUUAAGGAGCAUUCCCGGGAAUCUGAUUCGUAAAUGUGUGUAUUGUUUGCGUGUCUGUACUCACGAAGUGCAAGACUCGUGCUUGUUUGCUCAUCUUGUGUUCACAUGUGACUAGAUGAAUUUCACUUCCUGCCAGACUCAGCGGAUGAACUUUCUGAGAGCGUGCAAGUAGUGGCACGAAUAGGAAACAGUGAAGCGUAAACCUACUCUAAGCAAAGAUAGGGCCCAUUGUAUUGUGGAUAGGAGUUAUCCCGUGGACUAAUUCUGUAUCCACACCGAGCUGUGUUGGAUGUUUGAGUAUUGUGGAUAGUAUUGAUCCCGCGGACUAAUUCUGCAUCCACACCGAGCUGUGUUGGAUGUUUGAGUAUUGUGGAUAGUAUUCAUCCCGCGGACUAAUUCUGCAUCCACACCGAGCUGUGUUGGAUGUUUGAGUAUUGUGGAUAGUAUUCAUCCCGCGGACUAAUUCUGUAUCCACACCGAGCUGUGUUGGAUAUUUGAGUAUUGUGGAUAGUAUUGAUCCCGCGGACUAAUUCUGCAUCCACACUGAGCUGUGUUGGAUGUUUGAGUAUUGUGGAUAGUAUUGAUCCCGCGGACUAAUUCUGUAUCCACACCGAGCUGUGUUGGAUGUUUGAGUAUUGUGGAUAGUAUUGAUCCCGCGGACUAAUUCUGUAUCCACACCGAGCUGUGUUGGAUGUUUGAGUAUUGUGGAUAGUAUUGAUCCCGCGGACUAAUUCUGUAUCCACACCGAGCUGUGCUGGAUGUUUGAGUAUUGUGGAUAGUAUUGAUCCCGCGGACUAAUUCUGCAUCCACACCGAGCUGUGUUGGAUGUUUGAGUAUUGUGGAUAGUAUUGAUCCGCGGACUAAUACUGUGGUCAUCUGCCGGUCAAGAUGUUCGAGUGUUUGUACAGCAGUGAUGAUGACCUGGACGACGACUGGACUGUGGAGUACAGAAAGCUGGUUCUCUUCCGUGUGGGUGGCGCUGGCAACAACUCUUACCAUGAACUCAGCCAGAGGCUCGGCCUGGAGGGAGACAUCUCUGAGGCUGAUAUGCAACAAAGGCUGGAAGAGAUCAAAGAAUAUCUCAAGAAAGAGAUCAGAAAAGAGAUGAAAAUUAAGGAAGGAGCAGAAAAGUUGAGGGAAGCGUCCACAGACAAGAAGACUCUUCAGAAUGUCAGUAGUAUAGUGAAGAAAGCCAACACCAAACUUCAGGAGCUACACCAGGAGCUGCAGGAGCUGAGUGCUUACCUACUGGUCACUAACACAGGCUCUCUGGACAUUGGGCGGGAGCAUGCUGAUGGUGUGAAGUCUCCGGAUAAGGGAGAUAAUCAGCUGGAACAUCCUGUCAACCCAAGGCUCAAGUCUUUACAGAAACAGAUGGACAUAGAGCUUAAGGUGAAGAACGGAGCAGAAAACAUGAUUACCAUGUAUAGCACUGGCUCGUCUAGGGACAAGAAGAUGUUAGCCGAGGCUCAGCAGAUGUUAAGUGAUGCCAAAACCAAGAUUGAAAUCAUACGCAUGCAGAUGUUGAAGGUCACACAGGAUAGUGCUGACAUGAACAGUAAAGAUGGCAAAAGCAGUGAGGUUCUGUCCCCUCUAGAUUUGAGGUUAGAAGAGCUGCGUCACCACAUCAAGAUAGAGUCUGCAGUUGCUGAUGGGGCCAAGAAUGUCAUCAGGACGUUACAAAACUCAAAAUCUGAAGACAAAAAAGCUCUCAGAGAAGCUCAGACCAGGCUGAGUGACUCCAGUAUGAAGCUGGAACUGAUGAGGAUGUCCCUGGAGGAGAGGUACAAUGAACUGGACCCCAACUCUCUCAAAGCCAAGCAGUUGAAAGAGGAAGUGGAUGAACUGAUCAAUCCCUCCUACACCCCUUCCAACAGGUUCUCAAACCAGAGGAGGAACUCCAACUACUUUAGUAAACCUGCGUCACUCACUGGCAAAUUGGAAGUCAGGUUGGUGGGUGUUCAAGGUUUACUAGAAGACAUUCCUGGAAGGCGUAAAGACAAUCUACAGUUGCUGAUGUCUAGUCCUGGGGAGAGUCGGAGUCUGCUUCGGAGAGGGAGCAGCAAAAUGUAUAAUAUUAAAGAUGAGAUAACAAAUGAGGUCAUGUGUGUCCUCAAGUUAGACAAUCAACAAGUUGCUCAAACAUCUUGGAAACCUUGCAAUCAGCAGUGCUGGGACCACAGGAGUUCUAUAGACCUAGACAGAUCCAGAGAAUUGGAAGUAGCCAUCUACUGGAGAGACUGGAGACAAAUGUGCGCUGUGAAGUUUUUGAGGCUGGAAGACUUCUUAGAUAAUCAGAGGCACGGCAUUACGUUACAUCUAGAGCCUCAGGGUAUUUUAUUUUGUGAGAUCACUUUCCUGAAUCCCACAUUGUCCAGAAAACCAAAGUUGCAGAGACAGAGAAAAAUAUUUCCUAAACACAAAGGUAAAAACUUUUUGCGUCCCAACGAGAUGAACAUUAAUGUGGCCACCUGGGGUCGCUUGAUGAAGAGGUCACUCCCGCCCAACUUCUCAGAUCUGAAUGAAGCAAGAAAUCAUCAAGAGAUUGUUCCAACCUCUCCAGGUAUCAUGUCACAAGACAGGGGGCCACCAAUUUCACAGAUCAACUUUGAGCCAACGGAACCAGUCAAGAGGCCCAGGGAGACCAGCAAGAGGAAAGAGGAGGAAGCGGAGGAUUCCAGGAGGGAUAACUUGUCUGCUGCCCUCCCUGCCCCCCUUCACCACUCCCACUCCUACACGUCCAGACAGCAACAAACACAUCAAACACAUUCGAGUGAGAGAGAAGAUGUACAGCAAGCAUUAUCGAAUUUUGAUUUCCUCGGCGAGUCCACCCCAAAUACCUCUUCCACGGAGCUUGACCUCUCCACUGUACAGUCACCCGAGGUGCAGCUUCGUCAGCACAGGCGUACGCCCAGCCCUCCCCUCCCUCCUACAGCGCCCCCCCCAGCCCUGCCUGCAAUCAUUCCACCAGAGAGGCGACCAGUCCCCCCUCCCCCAGUAGUGCCAGAGCCAGAUUUUGUUGGUCAGAAAAUGAGAAUGGAUGAAUUCAGGCCAAUCAGUGUCUUGGGUAGAGGCCAUUUUGGCAAGGUAUUGCUGAGCCAGUACAAGAAGACUGGGGAGUACUUUGCCAUCAAGGCUUUAAAGAAGGGAGACAUUAUAGCCAGAGAUGAAGUGGAAAGUUUAAUGUCAGAGAAACGCAUCUUUGAAGUCAUCAACACCAUGAGGCACCCGUUCUUAGUCAACCUUUUCGCAUGUUUUCAAACUGCUGAACAUGUUUGUUUUGUGAUGGAGUAUGCCUGCGGUGGUGACCUGAUGAUGCACAUACACAAUGAUGUCUUCUCUGAGCCACGAACUGUGUUCUACGCUGGGUGUGUCGUUCUGGGCCUGCAGUACUUACAUGAGAACAAGAUAGUCUACAGAGACUUAAAAUUAGAUAACUUAUUGCUGGAUUCUGAAGGCUACCUCAAAAUGGCUGACUUUGGCCUAUGCAAGGAAGGCAUGGGCUAUCAGGAUCGUACAAGUACGUUCUGUGGCACACCUGAAUUCUUAGCCCCGGAGGUGUUGACGGAAACAUCUUACUCCAGGGCUGUAGACUGGUGGGGCUUGGGGGUGCUUAUAUACGAGAUGUUAGUAGGGGAGUCCCCAUUCCCUGGUGAUGAUGAGGAAGAAGUGUUUGACAGCAUAGUGAAUGAGGAAGUGCGCUACCCUAGAUUUCUUUCAACUGAGGCCAUUGCCAUUAUGAGGAGGCUCAUGAGGAGGAACCCAGAUAAACGUCUCGGCGCCAGUGAGCGGGAUGCUGAGGACGUGAAACGUCAGACUUUCUUCCGGAAUGUGAACUGGAAUGAUUUAUUAAUGAAGAAAGUGAAACCUCCAUUUACACCUACCAUUAAAAACAUGGAGGACGUGAGUAAUUUUGAUGAAGAGUUCACGUCUGAGAGAGCCGUCCUGACACCGCCAAAAGACAGGAGGCCCUUGAACUCGGAUGAUCAGCGUCUCUUUAGAGAUUUCGACUAUGUUGCUGAAUGGUGCUGAAAAAAAAAAAUCGUAUCACAAGAAAGGAAUAUUUUCAACUCACAAGACCACUUCCCUGGAAAUGUUUAGUAAUGGGAGUUUUAAAACAAAAACUUUGUACAUUCAUGCACUAUGUUUUUUAAUUUUCUGUUUGAAACAUGUUUGCAAUGAAACUGAACAAAUCUUGAAGGACAUAAUGUUCAUUAAUAUCACUUACUGUUCAUUCCCUACUUUUUAUUUUUAAUUGUAGAUUACGUUGUUAGGACCAUACAGACCAGAUGUUUUGAGUUAUAUUUGUUUACUUAUGGUUGCUUUAGUGGGGGAAUGGAUUGCAUAGUUGCCAACUAAAUUGAUUGUUGCUGCUGAUGAGUUCAGAAAAGUUGGGCUGUAAAAUAUGUUUACAAAGCACUAAAAAAAAACAUGAAACGAUUCAAACACAAGAGGACUUCCUUAAUCAGCUGGUCACUGCGAAUGCUAUAUAUAUUUUUUAAAAUUAGAAGAUGUGAUUGUGUAGGCUUAUCAUUCCUAGCUAUUUAGAGAUUUUUUUUUUAAAACCCAGCAGUUUUGAUAAUCUCCCUAGGUACUUAUGGUUAUUAUUUGACCUAUAGUAGACUUUUAGAAAUUAUUUUAAUAUAUGAACAAAUAUUUUGUUUUAUCAAAUUGUUAUUUUUAAAUGGAUGGAGAAGUUAGCUUUUUUUUAAGGUCAGGGAGUGAAAGUGAUAAGAGUGUUGAAUGUUUCUGAGUACAAACGUUUUCAAAGGUGCUGAUUUUACUUUUGAGUAGGCUAGAGGUCAAAGGUUGCUAGUGUCCAGCAUCCAAACACUUGGGCUUCCUUAUUCAUGAAGCAGUCAUCAAGGCUUAAGAUUCUCAUGACAGCUGAUUUGCUCAAAUACUUUGCCUUUGUUAGUAGCCAUUGUGAUGUUGUUUGAUCGGACUCUACUGAUAUUAAACCCCAUCUUCAACAAAACCCAGAUUAAUAUAGUACAUUAUACCCAGCAGUUCAUGAUGAAAUAUAUAUGUGCUUGUGAAACAGUUUAUUUUUUCUUCUUUAUUGUAAAAUGUCAAGUCAGCAUUAGAAGACUCAAGUCUUUAUGAGCGUGGACUGGUCUAGGUGACUAAGUCUUUUAUGUGUGUAUGUGUGUAUAUAUAUAUAACCUUUAUACUUCACGUCUGCCAUAUUCCAAUGUGCUCAUCUACUUAUCAUGUGUUCCAAUGCAUUUAACAAUUUUUUAAUUUUUAUGCUUUUGAACUUGUUCACUCCCAGGCACAUACAAUGUCAUGGCUGUUGUGUUCUGUGCUGUGUGCUUGGCACACUUCAUCAUGUGUGAAUGACUUCCUGUGCUGUAGCUGUGUACAUACUUGACCCUCACCACAUUUGUUUUCUCUACACCCUGCUAUCCAUUUCUCAUGGACAUUGAAAAAGUUGGUCUGGAUGUGUUUAAAAGCUAUGAUCUCUAAAGAUUUAUCACUUCUGGAAACUAACCAGUGACAUAGAAGCUUAGAAUUGUAUCUGUUUUUUCUUUAUAGUUAAACCCAGUCAAUGGUGGAGUAAUUUCUCAUUUGUGAUGUAUUGGUAUAAACAUUUUUUUGUCUUUAAUUGCUCAAUUGUAUGUAACAAGUUCAUGGUAUUUUGUCAAUAUAAAGUAUAAAGCAAAUUUAAAGGUGAUUUCAGAAAGUAUCAGCUCCGUUAGACCUUGAUGAUAAAACUUGGCAUAAAUAUUCUUUAGAUCCAAAUGGAGGCUCAGGGGUAGGUUAAAAACUAGCACCAACUUAGAGGAUAGGGAAAGGGGCUACUUAAAUUAAAAAAAAAAAUGUUCACUUGUAUAAACCUUGUUAUAUCUUUGUACUAAACCAGGGCAUUGCUGUGUAGCUCAGAUUAUACUAGUUUGAGUCAGUUUGAUUGGAUGGUGACAGAACUAUUUUUAAUUUGAUUCAGUUAGAACCAAAUGAAGUUGUUGAAUGUCUUGCUUUUGUCUUGUCUUGUACAUAAAGUCUGCUGAAUGAACUGGUGUAUCUGCAACUCUCUAAUACAUCCUACAUUAGUUUCUUGAAUAAAAUAUAAAAUACCCAGCUUGUGACUUAAAGCUGUGGAACAUUCUGAGCAUUUGGAAGAAUUAGCUGCUUUUUAUUUUCUCACUUUUACACAUGCACACAAACUGACCUGCAACCUUAGAUAUUUGUGUAUCAAAUGUAACUCUGGUCAAUUUUGUGUGGAAUGAUAAGUAUUUCUCAAGUCUGGUUGCCUCGUUUCAGUAUUUGUUGCUGCUUGAGGAAAAGAUAUUAACUUCUUUCUUGUCUGUGUUGUUGAAUGUUGCUGCCUGGUCGUAGCUAGGUCCGCAUAGUCACUUGAAAUGGUGCAAUCAUCUUAAUAUUCAGACUCAAAAGAUAAUUCCACAUAGUCUGGUCUUUUCAUUGUCCCCAAAAAACUUGGCCAUAAGUUGAUGUGUGUGUAGUUCAGGGAUGGUGAGUGGGCUAGGGGUGAUAAUUGGGCUGGAUGACUGCUGAACAAUUUUUCUGCCAUUUAAUUUAAUGCCUGGUCUAACUUGUGCUGGAGUGUGUAAGAGUUGACUCAGCAUUUAGGGCCCUAAACCUUGGCAUUGUUCUAUUGGUAUGGACUCCUGUGUGUACCACUGAUUGUUAGAAUGAGCUUUGUUACUGUAAUAUUAGAUUAGAUUUUAGGACAACAGAUUGAUUAGUAGAUUUGUGGGUUACACAACUGACUAAAAUGUGUGUUGUGUGUGUGUGUAAUCUGUUUGCACAUUUCAUGCCAAAGUUUUUUCUUAUCUUGCUUCUACAUUGUCCUAGAUAAUUUAUCUGAGUGACUCCUUGCUAAUUUGCUGCUUGAAAGGUUUAUGCUUCUUCACUUGACUAUUUUGUUGUAGCUUCAAUAAAAAAGAUCUCCCCUGCCUGCUUUAAUGUACUGAAUAAAUUCUUGUCUUCUCUUACAAGUUUGACUUCUGUCCCCUGCUGGUUCUGGGGUAACUGUAGCACUGGGUGAUAAUAUUUAAGCUUAUGUGUCUCUUUGUGUAUUAGAUGUACAUCUAGCCAGAUGAAACUUAAAGAUGGUGAACAGUGUUAUGCAUAUUUGGUUGUCUUUUUAUAGUAUUGAGGGGUAUUUGCUAAAUGUAUAUUGAAGGUCCUCAGGUUCUCUGUGUUAGUAUCCUCCUUUCAAAAUGACUUCGUCUGACAGUGUCUCAGUGGACUUGAUAUUGAAAAAACAACAACAUUGGUCUGGUAGUUAUGGAAUUUACAUAAUCAAUUCUACUUAAGAAAAAGUCAAACCAUUUUAUUUUGUCUACACUACGUCCUGCUACUGUAUAGUAAGCACUGCAAGACAUUUCUUUGCUGGUUGCAAUCAUUUGAACUGUAUUGAACUAUUGAUAUAAAUAUUUAUAUAAAGACUAUAUAUAUAUAUAUAUAUAUAAAAUGAUGCAUUACACUUGUGUAAAUGAAUUCAUUUUUGUCUGUUGUUAUAUUUCGUUGUACAAAAAUGGUAGUUUUUUUUUUCAUCUGGCCAGAUAAAAGUAGCUCUAACAACUAAAAUUUCCCUGGGUGCCACUGAAACAAAAUGUUAUCCCUAUAAUUUGGCUCUCCAUGUCAGUGAGAGUCUGGCCUGUUUAAAGCCUAGCCUGUAUAUAAUGAUGCCUGGUGUACAAACAAAUUUUUAUCUCCAUGUAUUCUAUUGUAAAGCUGUUCUUUUUAUUUGUAUUAUUUUUUUUUUAAUUGGCAACAUUUAUUGACAUGUAGUUUCUAUUGAAUGAAUACACUGAAUGAAGUU